GAUUGGUUGACGUAGUGUAGUGUUCCCUGAGGCGUUAGUUCCCGAGUGGCGAGGAUAACACGGUGACUGUCAGCGUUAAGAGCCGCCUCUGGGUGACCACGUCUUAGGUGUUAUAUUGUGUUGUUACAGAGAUCGGUCAUGUCGUCUACCACGCUGACCGUCGUGCUCAAGAACUUCUACGACGAGUAUAUGAAGAAUACCCCCAAGAAGCUGAAGAUCGUGGACGCGUACCUGACCUACAUCCUGGUGACGGGCGUGCUGCAGUUUGUGUAUUGUUGUCUGGUCGGCACCUUCCCCUUCAACUCCUUCCUCUCGGGAUUCAUAUGUACAAUUGGCUGCUUUGUGCUGGGGGUGAGUCUGAGGCUACAAGCUAACCCCCAGAACAAGAUACACUUCCGAGGGAUCUCCCCAGAACGCGGCUUCGCUGACUUCAUCUUCGCCCACAUCAUCCUGCACUUGGUCACCAUGAACUUCAUAGGAUAAAUUACAUACCGUACCGUCCAUCAUCUACGAUAUUUCUCUUUUUGCGGAAAAUUAUUUUUAUAGAGAGAAACAACAACAACAACUUGUCUUUCAGUGAGCCGAGAGUUUGAUGACUUUUGUUUUGUCGUCGGUGUAGUUGGUGCCGACAUAAUGGGAACGUGAAAUAAAGCCGUUACAUUCC